GUGCUUUAUACUGUGUGUCCUGUUCUGAUUCUGUCUCUCCAAGACAUUGUCACACCGUCAAAAAAUGCAGUGAGGGAGAGGUUUGCUUCAAGGAGAGCCAUGCGUCUGAAAACGGAUUAACUGUGUUCGAUACUGGCUGUGCAAGUCCCCAGUCGUGUCAAUUACACCCCGAAGCUGAUGUGAGAACUCUGCAUGGAGUGGAUCCAAAUAAUCAUCAAUGCAUGAAGUGUUGUUCUUCUCAUCUUUGUAACAACCAGGGAUGUGGACAACCAGGAUAUCCCUUAAGUAGAGGCCCAGUUUGCUUCAACUGUCCACAAGUAUCAGAUCCAAUGCUCUGUGACAAACUGAAAGUUUGCGAAUUGAAUCAGGCGUGUGUUUCGAGUCUUUCGAGUGUUGACAUUAUUGGAAAAAGAAAUAUUGAAAAAUGCUCGAAAUGCUGCCAGGAAGAUUUAUGUAACAACCAAUACUUUGAUAUGUUCUCGUCAAUGUCAUCAACAACGACAACAUUGAAGACAACGACACCAGCUGAUUCUACAAUGAGGCCGACAAACUCGAUGUCGACAACCCAACAAACCUACACAG